UCCGGCUUCAAAUCUGAAUAUAGUCAAAAAUUAAUUCUUCUCUUUUGUUGCUUUAUUUUUUUUUUUCUUUUUCAGAAAAUAUCAGAUUCUCUCUCACUUUCUUUUUCUCCAAACAGGUUCUUAGUGUUUACACAAAUUCACAAUAACCCAAAUAUUUUUUUUUCUUUUUCAUGAUCUAACCCACAAUUGAAUCCCUCCCAAUUCAUUCUAAUUUUUCAUCUUUCAAACAAAAAAGAUGGAUCCAAUCGGACCCAAAUCAAUGUUCAUCCGAAGCAGAAGCUGCAACAGCACCACCAGCAGCAUUAACAGCAACAACAAUGGCGGCAGCCAUAGAAGCAAGCUUUCAAGAACCUUUCACAAGGUAAUCAACUUCAGAAACAGCGAUAAUAAACAUGGGAUGGGAGCUUGUGUUUUCCCAUCACAACACAAGUUCGAGUGUUAUAAUCCAAACCCAGACCCCAAAUUUAAACAUAAAGCCAUAUUAGAAGCUUUAUUAGCUAAGAUCUUUGCUAGUGUUACUUCAAUCAAAGCUGCUUACGCUGAACUUCAAAUGGCACAAAACCCAUACAACAAUGAUGCAAUUCAAGCUGCUGAUGAAGCCAUUGUUGAACAACUCAGAGCAUUAUCAGAGCUAAAACGUAAGUUCUUAAAAAAAGAACUCGAUCUUUCACCUCAAGUUACUUUAAUGUUAGCUGAAAUUCAAGAACAACAAAGCUUGAUGCGUACUUAUGAGAUAACGAUCAAGAAAUUAGAAUCUGAUGUUGAAACAAAAGAUUCAAUGAUCGUUUCAUUUCAUAAACAGUUCAAAGAUUGUGUUGAAAUCAACAAAUCUUUGGAAAAGAAAUUAAACGCUAGUGGUCCUUUAUAUGUUUUUGAUAAUCUCAAGCUUUCGAGGUUGAAUGUUAGUCAUUUUAUUCAAGUUUUACAUAAAGCUUUGAGAUCUGUUCGUAGUUUUGUGAAAUUGAUGGUGAAAGAAAUGGAAUUAGCUAAUUGGGAUCUUAAUGAAGCUACUAAAGCAAUUGAACCCAAAGCUAUUUUCAUUAAAGAAAGCCAUAGGUGCUUUGCUUUUGAAUCCUUUGUGUGUAAAACAAUGUUACAGAGCUUUAAUCUCUUCGAUUAUGGGGUUAACAAAGAGUUGAAUCCGAAAAAACCCGACCCAGAACAAUGUUUUAUUGAAUUCAAGAGGCUAAAAUCGGUAAACCCGAGAUCGAUUUUAGCUUUAAACCCGAAUUCACUUUUGGGGAAAUUCAUUAGAGCUAAGUAUUUGGAUUUGGUUCAUGCUAAAAUGGAGUGUUCCUUCUUUGGAAAUUUGAAUCAAAGGAAAAUUGUUACGUCGGGUGGGUUUCCGGAUUCGGGUUUUUUCACGGCGUUUGCCGAGAUGGCGAAACGGUUUUGGAUGUUACACCGGUUGGGUUUAUCGAUGGUUGAACCGGUUUCGGUCUUUGAAGUGAAGAGGAAUUGCCGGUUCUCGGAGGUUUAUAUGGAGAACGUGAGUGAAGAAUCGUUGUUUUCCGGCGAAAUCAACGACGGAAACGUCGAUAUCAGGGUGGUUUUCACGGUGGUUCCCGGGUUCAAGAUCGGAAAAACGGUGAUACAAACCCAAGUUUACUUGUCGCCGGUGAUUACUCCGGUGAGUCGUUGAUCUUUUCCCUUUUUUACAUAAUUAUUAUUGGAUGAAAACAUGUUAAAUGCCAAGGUGUUAUUAUCCACACGCGCGUUUCUUACACGCUCCACCUAGGGGAGGUGGUCGGGAGGGGCUGGUUGCUAUUUUCAAGUGGGGUUUUGAUGUUUUCUUUUAAAAACUUCUUUUAGUCUCCACUUGAGAGCGGCGCGUGUGGUAGCGCGUGGUUAGUAGCAUACGAGGUGCAGCUAGGAUAUUAGUGACUAGGUUUUUAUUUUUUAAAGAAAAUUUCAUGUAAUGAAAAAAAAUCUGUUGAUAUAUAUUAUAUAAUAAUACAAUAAAAGAUAAAUCUGGUAAUUUGUAUA